AUGCAGACAUUAUCUAAGGUUCAAAUCAACAUUCCAUUGCUGGAUGCGAUCAAGAAAAUUCCAUCAUAUGUCAAGUUUUUGAAAGAAAUUUGCAGCAGCAAAAAGAAGCUUGCAGAUUUGGACAAAGUCGUUUUGACAGAACAAUGCAGUGCAGUUUUGCUACACAAACUGCCACCUAAGAAAAAAGAUCCAGGGAGUUUUAAUAUUUCUUGCACUAUUGGAAAUUCUAAUUUUAAAAAUGCUUUAAUUGAUUUGGGUGCAAGUAUUAAUUUGAUGCCUAUUUCUAUUUUCCAGCGAUUGGGGCAAGGAGAUUUAAAGCCUACAUCAAUGAUACUUCAACUAGCUGACCGUUCAAUUACUUAUCCAAGAGGUGUUAGUGAAGAUCUCAUUAUAAAGGUUGAUAAUCUUUACCUACCGGCAUAUUUUGUGGUUCUAGACAGGGACGAAGACCUUCAAACACCUAUUAUUUUGGGGAGGCCGUUUAUGGCCACUGCUAGGACUUUAAUUGAUGUGGAAGUUGGAACAUUGACUCUACGGGUUCAAGACCAAUAUGUGUUGCUACAUGUUUUACAAGGGGAACUUGGGGCAGAUUCUGAAGAUGAAGGUAUUCCUAAGUACAUUCAAGCAUUGAACAAUCUGCCAAUAGUGUUGCCAAAGUUUAGAAAUGUUUACGAGAGUUUAGGGGAACCUAAACAGCCCCUUAAACCGUCCAGACAACAGCCACCAAAACUGGAGCUGAAGCCUUUACCAGAACAUCUGAAAUAUGCAUAUUUAUGA